AUGUCUAAGAAAUCAUUAGUUGGUAAUUAUUCAAUACCUGAUGCAUUAAAUAAAGAAUUACGAAGAGAAUUUGAGAAUGAUGUAGGUAUAGCAUCAUCAGAAAUUGAAAAUGAAAUCAAAAAUAGAAAUGAUUAUAAGAAAAAACGAUUCUAUCGAAAUAUAGAUUUAGACUUCGAAAAGGAAAAAUCAUAUAAAGAUGUAAUGAAAGAAAGAGAUCUAGAGAGAGAGGAAUUUAAUGUAAGGAAAUUACUUAAGGAGAAAGAAUCAACUGGUGAAUUACCUCGAAAAAAAAUAAAAAGAUGGGAUAUCACACCUGAAGAAUAUGAAAAAAGACAGGAGUUGCAAAUUAGUAAACCUCCAACUGAUGAAUUAGUUCAAACUAUAAUAGAUUCAAAAAUACCUGUUAUUUACGGUAUUCCAUUAACUGAUGAAAUAUUAGAUAAAAUACUACCUCCCAAUUUCAAAAAAUUAGACCCCCCUCCAAAUUUUCAAACUGAUUUGGUCAAACCAGAUAUUAACACAGAUGAAAUAUCUCAGGAUUAUUAUAUGCUACCUUCAAAUGAACAAGGCUUGCUUACAGAUGCUAAUCAAAUUGUACCUACCGAAGUUCCUGGUGUGAAAGGAUUAGAUUUUUUUAAAGCUGAAGAUAUGAAACAUUUUGGUAAAUUGUUAAAAGUUGAUGAUGAAACAUUAGAUUCAGAUGAGAAGAAAGAAGUCGAAUCAAUGAGAUUAAUUUUGAAAAUUAAGAAUGGUUCACAAUUAACAAGAAAGAAAUCAAUGAGACAAUUGACUGAUAAUGCUGCUAAAUUUGGUCCUAAAUUAUUAUUAAAUCAGAUAUUACCUAUAUUAUUAGAACCUACAUUAAAUGAAUCAGAACGUCACAUACUUGUUAAAAUCAUAGGCAGGAUUUUAUUUCAAUUAGAUGAUCAAAUAAGACCAUAUACCUCAAAAAUCUUAUCAGUAAUAUCACCUUUUCUUAUUGAUGAAGAUGCCACAACUAGAUUAGAAACAAGGGAAAUUAUACAGAGAUUAACUAAAGCUGUUGGGUUAGCUAAUAUUAUAUCAACGUUACGUCCUGAUUUAGAUCAUGCUGAUGAGUAUGUAAGAAAUUUAACAUCAAGAAUAUUUGCCACUGUAGCGAAUACAAUUGGACUCAAACUGUUUCUACCAUUUUUGAAAGCUGUAAUUAAAUCAAAAAAGAAUUGGACGGCACGACAUACUGGUAUAAAAAUCAUACAACAAUUGUGCAUUUUAUUAGGUAAAGGUAACGGAUCACAAAUAUUACCAUUUUUAUCAACAAUUACAGAGAUUCUCAGACCUACUAUCAAUGAUGAAUCAUUACAAGUUAGGUUAAUUUCCGUGUUGACUAUUUCACAAUUGGCAGAAAAUGUUGCACCUUAUGGUAUGGAUUCAUUUGAAAAGUUAUUAGAACCAUUAUGGUUCGGAAUUAAAAAACAUCGUGGGAAAUCAUUAGCUGGGUUUUCAAAAUGCAUAGGGGCAAUUAUUCCAUUAAUGACAUUUGAUGAAAAUUAUGAAGAAUAUUCAAAUUAUUAUUCAACUGAAUUAAUUUACAUAAUAACUAAGGAAUUUAAUUCACCAGAUGAAGAUAUGAGAAAAACUAUACUUAGGAUAAUUAUAUCUUUACCAUUGAGUAGAAAAUUAAUACCUGAUUAUAGUAAUAAAAUUAUUCAACCAUUUUUUAAAUCAUUUUGGAAUAGAAGAACAGCUUCCGAUAAUGCUCAAUUUAUAAGAUUAGUAGUUGAUGCUACUAAUCAUCUAGCUAUCAAAUUUGAUUUUUUGGACUUAUUGGAGCAUGUAAUUUAUUAUUCAAAAGAUGAUAAUGAACAAUUAAGAAAAUUAUCAAUUGAAACUAUUAAUAAAAUGUUAAUUAACAAUCCUCAAGAAUUAAUAGGUAUGGAUUCUCAAUUGGAUAGAACAUUAGUUGAUGGUGUUUUGUUUGCAUUUCAACAACAAACAAUACAGAAUAAAAUAUAUUUACAAUGUUUUGGAACCUUGGCUAAAUCAAUGGGGAUAAGAUUAAAACCACAUUUAAAUUCUAUAAUGAGUACAGUUUUAUUUCGAAUGAAGAAUAAAAUAAGUGAAACAAGACAAGAUGCUGCUGAUUUAAUAAGUAUACUAGCUCCAGUUAUAAAAAUAUGUUAUGAUGAUGAUGAAUUAUUAUUAAAAUUGAUUUUAGUGCUUUAUGAAUCAUUAGGUGAAGUGUAUCCUGAAGUUUUAGGAUCAAUUAUAAAUGCAUUAUAUUCGUGUAUUAAUUCAGUUGAUAAGUCUACUUUAUAUGCCAUGAACAACCCAUCAAUUAAUCAAAUCUUACCUACAUUAACUCCAAUUUUGAAAAACAGACAGGAAAAAGUACAAGAAUCAUGUAUAAAAUUAAUUGGUCUAAUUGCACAAAAGAAUCCAGAGACUAUAAACGCUAAAGAAUGGAUGAGGAUAAGUUUUGAUUUACUUGAGAUGUUAAAAUCAACAAAGAGGAGAAUUAGAAUUGCAGCUAAUGCCACAUUUGGAUAUAUUUCAAACACAAUUGGACCACAAGAUAUUAUAGUCAUGUUAUUAAAUAAUUUGAAAGUUCAAGAACGUCAAUUGAGAGUCUGUACUGCAGUUGCAAUUGGAAUUGUAGCUGAAACUUGUUCACCAUUCACUGUUUUACCAGCCAUUAUGAAUGAAUAUAGAAUUCCAGAAAAGAAUGUCCAAAAUGGUGUAUUAAAAGCUUUGAGUUUUUUAUUUGAAUAUAUUGAUGGGAACAUGACCAAGGAUUAUUUAUUUGCAAUUACUCCAUUGAUUGAAGAUGCAUUGACUGAUAGAGAUUUAGUACAUCGACAAAUAGCAUCAACUAUUGUUUUCCACAUGGCUUUGAAUUGUUAUGGAAAAACAAAUACUGAUUAUAAUGAUGUUUUCAUUCAUUUUUUGAAUCUUAUUCUUCCAAAUAUACUUGAAACUUCACCACAUGUCAUAUCUAGAAUACUUGAAAGUAUUGAUUCAUUAAGAGUAGUACUUGGUGCUGGUAUUUUUACAAACUAUGUAUGGGCUGGUUUAUUCCAUCCUGCAAGAAAAGUAAGAACUCCAUAUUGGAAAGUUUUCAAUAGUGCUUAUGUUCAAAAUUGUGAUGCUUUAGUGCCUUAUUAUCCCAGAUUUGAAAAAUUACCAGAUGAGAAAGAGAAUGAGUACUAUAUAGACGAAAUGGAUUUAUAUUUAUAA